AUAUAUGCCAAAUUUGAGUUGAAUGUGUGCAACCGUUACCAAGAUAAUGAACGGAAACUGAUGAUGACGGAAUGACAGAAUUAGGGAAUGACGGAAGGACGGAAUGACGGAACAGGGAAACACUAUAUGCUCAGCCAUUAUAUGGCGGGGACAUAAAAAUAUUGAACAUAGUUCUGCAUGUAAGCAUUAAAGAUUUGGUGUACACAUAUAAGUAUUUGUUUAUAUCAACUCUAAGUUUAAAGGAGCAUUUCCCUCAGAAUUGAUUUAUUUUUCCUAUUUUAAAAUGGCACACUUGAGUUUUUUAACGUUUAAAUAGUAGUUUUAGUGUUUGUGUACCUUUUCUCCUAAAGAAAUUUGAGAUGAAUGAAUUCUUUUUUGGUAAUGUAAACAAAAUACAAUAUAGUAUUCUGACUUUGAAACAGAAUUCAAAGCCACUAUACCUCUAGCAAAAAACCUAUGUUUAGCUAUUUUGGAAACUUAACAGGACACCAAAAAUGAAGGAGUUUGAAAAAUAACAAUUAAAACAUUCUUGGCCUUAAAUAUAUAUGAAAAAAAAAACAACAACAAAUUACUAAGAUCGUAUAUCUCUAUAAGAAAAGAACACACCUUUUAAAAGAAAAUGUCCCGUUUCGUAAUUUUGAAUAUGAACAAAUGUGUUAUGUUUAUUUUUGAUGACGCUUGGUAUAUAAUCAAUGAUAGUCAUCCUAGUAGUGUGUCCUUCAGUGAUAUGACAAUGAAAUGCAAAUGUGAUUUAAUAGUUUGCAAUCUGGUCAGACUGAUAAACGCUUCACCUACAAAAUGUAGAUAAUAUGUAUUUAUGUAUAAGUUGAUCACUUACGUUUAAAUUGAGUAAAGUUCAAUAGUGCGUACUGAAGUUUUUAAAUUCAGUAUAAAUGAAAUAAAAAUGCAUAUUAAUUAAAAAUUGGAUAUAACUUGUAUAGUUGUUAUUAGGUUUGAUAGGUAGCUGAUCACUUAUCACGUGCUUUAUAUAUAUGUUGUAUUCAUUGAGAAUUCUUUAUAAAUAAAACUUAUCAUGGACGCAAAACUGAUACAGUCAAAUAACCUUGGUAGCUACGGUUCCACAUCUUGUUCAUAUCACAAUGGCUUCUCAAAAGCAAACGGGAUGUUCUAUGAAAGAAGAGAUGAUAAAGUAUCGCCAAUUACUGACAUACCUGUACUGAACUCAUCACUAAAUAUAUCAAAUGUAUUUUACGUUGUAAAAGAAUGGAUCGGACCUUGGUGGACAGGAGCGUGUUUUAGAAAAACUAGACGGAAAAUUGUUCUUCAGGAUGUUUCUUUACAAGUUAAAGCAGGAGAAAUUACGGCGAUUCUAGGCAAUUCAGGCAUGUUACUUUUUUUGUUUGAACAUGUAACUUUCCAUUCAAACCAGUUUGUAUUUAUUCACAUAUGCGCAAAUUAUCAAAACCAUUUAUCAUACAGAUGAUUUUUUUGCUGAUAUGAACUGGCGUAUAAAUACAUGCUGACCAGUAAAUGUAAAAUAUUUGGUGAUCUCUUGACCUUCGUUAUAUUUUUAGGAUCGGGUAAGACCUCACUGCUGGAUGUAAUAUCUAGUCGGUCCACCGGAGACGUCAGUGGCCAGGUAUAUCUUAACAACGUUAAAUGUACUCGGGAUGUCAUCCAACAAUAUGCUACGUAUGUUAUGCAGGCUGAUAGGCUGUUACCUAACUUAACUGUUAGAGAAACGUUAAGAUACACUGCAAAGCUGAAAUUACCAGGACAUGUAACAACAGAUGAUAUUGAACGGAAGGUUUCAAAUGUAAUACAACAAAUGGGUUUGAAAGAUGUUGCUGACUCAAGAAUAGGAAGUAGUAUAAUUCGUGGAAUCUCAGGGGGAGAGCAAAGACGAGUUACCAUAGCAAUACAGUUGCUUAAAGAUCCAGAUAUGGUUUUGUUGGACGAACCUACAUCAGGUUUGGACAGCUACACUGCUCGUUACCUGGUUAGAAAUCUUCGUGAUCUCGCUAAACAAGGGAAAAUUGUACUCUUAACAAUCCAUCAACCUAGUUCAGAUAUAUUCCACAUGUUUGAUCAGAUUGGAAUCAUGUCAAAGGGACAGAUGGUGUAUUGUGGACCUGCCAAAGAGAUGGUUCCUUAUUUUACAGCCCUUGGUUAUCCUUGUGAUAGAUAUACAAACCCUUUAGACAGAUAUGUCGAUGUUUCAAGCAUAGAUCGUCGAGAUUUGGAAAGGCAAUGUGAAAGUACGAAACGUGUAGAAAGUCUAGUUGAAGCUUUUCAGAACUCGCAAAUUCACCAACAAACUCUUCACAAUAUUAGUGAAGCUAUAACUGGAAUUUAUGUUCGCAAGUCCAAAAAUGGCAAAGCAUAUAGUAGCGGACCAAGCUAUUUAAGGGUGCUUCUGACACUUGUUGGCCGAAUGUAUACUAACGUCUUUAGAGAUCGGAAAGACUACUUUGCCCGUAUCUUUUUACUUCCGUUGUUUAUGGUGUUCAUCAUCAUUUUCUUGGGAAGGCUUAAACACACCCAGACAAGUAUCCAGGACCGUAUUGGUCUCAUCUAUAACGCGUCUACAGGUCCUCCCUUCAUGGGUAUCAUUAACAGCAUUGCACUCUUUUUAUGUUUGCGGGAUUUAUACUACCGUGAGAGUCGAGACGGAUUGUAUGGACCUGCGACAUUCUUGAUAGCGUACUCCAUACAUGUCAUACCUUUCAAUAUUGUGUCGAGUGCCAUAUUUAGCAGUAUUAUAUACUGGGUUUGUGGGAUGUAUCCAAGUGCUGAUAGGUUUGGGAUAUUUACGCUCGAGGUGUUCAUGCUGCAUUAUUGGGGAGAGAUAUUGACUGUUGCCUGUCUUGGAAUGUUUAUGAAUCCCAAUUUAGCCAACAGUGUUGCAGCUUUACUCCAGUCAGCUGCCGUAAUCAUUGCGUCAGGAUAUGUUAAGACAUUAGACACACUUGUAAAACCAAUGGAGUGGUUAAGCUAUAUACUUAUUCAUAGAUACGCUGGGGCCAUCUUUAUAGCAAACGAGUUUAAAGACCUACAACUAGACUGUGAUCGUAAUGUGACGCUUAACUGUAUAGAUAACGGGAACGAGUUUAUUAACAAGUACUAUCCUGAUGCAGACAAGCAUAUAGCGGAAAACUUCGGAUAUUUAGCAGCAUAUCUUGUUGCGACCCUAAUAUUUGCUAUAACUGUUUUCAAAUUAGCUGGACUACGAAAUUUACAUUAGUUUCAUUACUUAAUGAUAUUUUACAAAAAUUUACAAAGCUUACGUUUUCAUACCAGCAAAGUUGGUGAUGUAACGCGAUUUUGUAUGGUGCAAUCUCAUUAAAACCAAAUCAUCAGUUUCGCUCAAAGCAUAGCUAGAAAGAUAGUAAGCUAAAGGUGGUGGUACGUCAGAUUUAUCGAGAUUCUUCUUGGGUUGUAACUGUACAUACCAGUUUAGUGUAAUUUGAAAUAAAUAAGUCUGCUUACAAACUAAGUCGUUUUUAGAUUAUUUUAGUUCUUAUGAUGUUUGAUGUUUGUGACAAUUUAUUUUACUUUGUUGUUUUUAAUUUAUUGAUGAGUGCUACAUAAGGUAUUGAUAUUUGUAAGUCUUUUUUUAUUUUCAUAUGUGGAAUGCUUGAAAUGAUUAUAAUAUUGUAUAAUUACUCACAUAUCAUAAUGUUGUUAAAAUAAACUGUUCCAUUUUAUAUACUUUUAUAUGCACGUCUCAUAGUCUCUGACCCUGUUUCGAAAUUCAAUU